AUGAUCGAAACAUACAGCCAGCCUGCUCCCCGACCUGUGGCCACGGCCCCGCCGGCCACUAUGAAAAUUUUUCUGCAUUUACUUACUGUUUUUCUUAUCACCCACAUGAUUGGGUCAGCACUUUUUGCUGUGUAUCUUCACAGAAGAUUGGACAAGAUAGAAGAUGAAAGGAAUCUUCAAGACGAUUUUGUGUUCAUGAAAAUGAUACAGAGAUGCAGCGAAGAGAGGCCCUUAUCCUUACUCAACUGUGAGAAGAUUAGAGGCCAGUUUGAAGUCUUAGUGCAGGGUGUCAUGCAAAAACUCAACGAGGUGAAGAUGGAUGAGAAUAAGUUUCAAAAGCAAAAAGGUGAUCAGGCUCCUCAAAUUGCGGCACAUGUCAUAAGUGAGGCCAGCAGUAAAACAGCCUCUGUUCUGCAGUGGGCCCUGAAGGGCUACUACACCAUGAGCAGCAACUUGGUAAGCCUGGACAAUGGGAGACAGCUGACCGUUAAAAUGCCAGGACUCUAUUACAUCUAUACCCAAGUCACCUUCUGCUCCAAUCGGGAAGCUUCGACUCAAGCACCCUUCAUAGCCAGCGUCUGCCUGAGGUCUGACGGGGCCUCGGAGAGGAUCUUACUGAGAGCAGCGAACACCCACAGCUCCUCCAAACCCUGCGGGCAACAAUCUGUUCACUUGGGAGGAGUAUUUGAAUUGCACUCCGGAGCUUCGGUCUUUGUCAAUGUGACUGAUCCAAGCCAAGUGAGCCACGGCACCGGCUUCACGUCCUUCGGCUUACUCAAACUCUGA